GACAAAGUGGAGAAUGCUUAGAAUUAUACACUAUAUUGCCAAAAGUAUUGGGACACCCCUCCAAAUCAUUGGAUUUAGGUGUUCCUAUCACCUCCAUGGCCACAGGUAUAUAAAAUCAAGCACCUAGGCAUGCAGAUUACUUCUACAAACAUUUGUGAAAGAAUGGGUUGCUCUCAGUCGCUCAGUGAAAUCAAGCAUGGUACCGUGAUAGGUUGUUACCUGUACAAUAAGUCCAUCAGUGAAAUUUCCUUGCUAAUAAAUAUUCCACGGUCAACUCCUGGUGGUAUUAUAACAAAGUGGAAGCAACUGGGAACAACAGCAACUCAGCCAUGAAGUGGACAGAAAUGACACUGGAUUGAGACA